CAACAUACCUAGAUCCAGCUAGCCCUAUACGAGAGCUGCAUCAAAUUACACACGACACGAUUUACGAUUUAGUUGGGUAAAGCAGUUAGGUCGAUAUGUUAGUUAAUGUAAAACCAACUAUUUUUAAUAUUUACAUCAUGAAUCCAGUCCCCCAUUACUCCUUACUAUAGUCUAUAAUAGUGACAUUAGGAGGCACUCACUUAACACAACGAGUUCAUCGUCAUUAAAGUCUCCCUCGAAAUGGCUGCCUUUUCGCCCUUCUCUUCGUACAUCCUUGGCACGGCAUGCUUUGCCCGUGGACUUAUGGCUAUAUUCUCGCCAGAGAAGGAGUACAAUAACAUCGGCCUGCCAUUUGACAUUCAUGAUGAGGGCCCUUCCCCGACGGACCAGUACGAUGAUUCUGGCAUUAGCUUCACGUCGCCGCUCAUGUAUUUUAAGGGUAUUCGGGAGAUGAGCUAUGGCCUUACCCUGGUUGCUUUGGAGUGGCAGGGGAAUGCGGCCGCCGUCACUACGUUCGCAGCCGUUCUAUCUCUGGUGAGGUUUGGGGAUGGGUUGGUCGUCUGGCUAAAUGGGGGCGACAAGCUGAAAUUUAAGGCCUUGGGCCAUUGGAUCACAGGCGUCAGCUUCCUCGGAUGGGUAAUUCGGAGGUGGGGGUAAUGAAAAUUCAAGUUAUUCUGCACGAUCGCUCCUAAGGACUACAUGGUACAUUGGAUUAGUGAUGGGUUAUAUUCCAUCGUGGAUCAUCUUCCCCGCAGUUAUCCCCAAGGCUAUAGCAACGUUUGAGAUCGAUUUGACAGGGGUAAUGAGAGCCAACAUGCGCGCCCCAAGAAGCCUACUAGCGAAGAGCUACAACUACCAAAUAAUAUUUACGCAGCUGAGCAGCAGCAUAAGGCCAGCCGUUACGGGGAUCAUAGCAUCCGCAAUUUCGGAGGCAGAAUCAAAUCAUAAAAAGAUAGCUCAGUCCUAUGCGACUUAUCGCGGGGCAUGUUAGAACGCAGCAUUUCUGCCGUAUCACGAUGUAGCCGCCUAAUAGCUAAGAUAAAGAGAAAAACCCGCUUCAGCCCCUCGUAUGAAGCUGUAACAUUCAAAAUCAAGAUAUAAGUCGUCAGAUGCCAUAGUGUUCAAAGUCCUUAUAACGACCGACAAGCACGUAGACCAACACCCUACCUUCAACUACCAUCGU